CAUUGACCAUUAUAUAAUGCAUAUAACUUAUAUGUUUCAGUAUAUGGAUGUCUUGUUGAAUUUUUACAGUUUUGAAACUGCAAGAACUAAAUAGUGUGACUACAUCGUUGGCCAGCGCGCGGUUGAGAAUGCUGCCAACAUCCUCAUUAAUGGAUCAAGGAAAUAUAACAAAAAAAAGAAACAAGGCGAAAAGACAUCAAAGCAAUCCUCCUUGUGCCCUUACAAAUCAAGGGAAAAAUGUACCAAGACAUUAUGCAUAUUCAUGAAUACUUCUUAUUGUUCUUCUAAAAGCUUUUUUUUUUCCGAAAGGAAACACAAGGAAAAAUUUGAGGAAGGUGACCGAACUAGAAUGCAAUUGAUAAUUUUCGGAGACGGCAUGAAAAAUAAGCACCAUGACAAGUUCAAAGGUCUUCGGUGUGGUGUUUAUGACAAGUUGUACAAACAGCUUCAACGACGUGAGAGGUUAGAGGAGCUUCUCCUCCUAGAUAUAAACGAAUAUAAUACUUCGAAGACAUGUAACAGCUGCUUGGAGAGCAACUUACAAAAUCUCAGGCGUGGAAGCGGCGAAGAUGAAUGCAAGAUCCAAGUACUAAUUUGUAAAAGAUGUAAUAUUUUUUGGAAUCGUAAUGUAAUGGCCGCUAAGAACAUGUUUACCAUUGCUGAAUCCAUCUGGAACGGCAAUGGUCGCCCUAAUGUCUUCCAGCGACAAAGUGCCACCUCCAGUGUGGUUGCCGCGUCUCACUCCGGUGGGGCGCUGACUUAG